CGUGAACUGACAUUUUUUAUGUAAAUAAAUGUUUUUUGAGAUGGAGUCUUGUUCUGUUGCCCAGGCUGGAGUGCAGUGGCACGAUCUCAGCUCACUGCAAACUCCACCUCCUGGGCUCAGGCGAUUUUUCUGCCUCAGCCUCAGACUAUCGAGUAGCUGAGAUUACAGGUUCUCACCACCAUGCCCAGAUAAUUUUUGUAUUUUUAUUAAAGACAGGGUUUUACUAUGUUGGCGAGGCUGGUCUCAAACUCUUGUCCUCAGGUGAUUUGCGCUCCUCAGCCUCCCAAAGUGGUGGGAUCACAGGCAUAAGCCACCACACCCAGUCUAUAUAGAAAAUCUUAACGAGGAGCUAUACUACCUUAACUAAAUCAGCAGUUAUGUAGUCUAAAGCAUUUUUCUUUUUCUUUUUUUUUUGAGACGGAGUUUCGCUCUUGUUGCCCAGGCUGGAGUGCAAUGGUGAUCUUGGCUCACUGAAAUCUCUGCCUCCCAUGUUCAAGCGAUUCUCCUGCCUUAGCCUCCUGAGUAGCUGGGAUUACAGGCAUGCACCAUCACACUUGGCUAAUUUUGUAUUUAUAGUAGAGACAGGGUUUCACCAUGUUGGCCAGGCUAGUCUCAAACUCCUGACCUCAGGUAAACCGCCCACCUUGGCCUCCCAAAUUACUGGGAUUACAGGUGUGAGCCACUGCACUCGGCUAUAGCAUUUUUCUUUCAGUGUCAAGUUCCACUGAUAUCUUCUUAUGCCAACAAGAAAGGAAAAUAUUGUGAAUCACUAAGUACUCUGACCAGUUCACCUCUGAGUGACUUUCAAUUAUUUCCAAAGCUUUAUAUCUAAAGAAAAGAUUCACUAAGUACUUUCAAGAAUUUCCCAAGAUCUUCCUAACUCUUCUAUUAAAUCUUAAACCUUUUCUCCGUUUCUUCCAAAGAGCUCCCAGAAGUGACUACGUAAUUAGUUACUCUCACUUGCAGCCUUUAUGUAGUUGUGAAGUAUGAAAUAGUUGACGGGCAUCCCAGUCUUUCCUUCCGACUUUGGUAGUUUGUAGAAAUUCUCUUAUUCCUCUUUAUUGCAGGUGACUCAUUAAUUCAGCCCGGUAUUUCCAUGUUUAAAUCAAACUCCUCGAAUUCUUGCCAGGCUGAUAGUUAGAUGCUGCUGGCCCAUAUAUGCAGACUAAUUUGGUAAACAUUAUUUGGCUGCAAUUUCAGGAAGGCAGAAUUUGGUUUGGAGUGGAUUUGGAUAAACUUGAUCUUCCACACGUGAGUAAAAUUAAUUUUCAGAUAUUUAAAGUGAUUUGAUUAAGGAUUUCUGGUUUCUUGUGGCAAAAUUGAGAUUAGAAUCCCAAUCUCCUUAUUCAGUACAACUCAGUAAAUAUUUAUUGAGUGCUAUGUUUCUACUAAUGACAGACUUUUUUUUUUUUUUUUGAGACAGGGUCUCGCUCUGUCGCCAGGCACCAGGUUGGAUCUCGGCUCACUGCAACCUCUGCCUCCCGGGUUCAAGCAAUUUGCCUGCCUCAGCCUCCUGAGUAGCUGGGACUACAGGCGCCUGCCACCAUGCCCAGCUAAUUUUUGUAUAUUUUUUUAGUAGAGACGGGGUUUCACCAUGUUGGCCAGGAUGGUCUCGAUCUCUUGACCUUGUGAUCCGCCCUCCUUGGCCUCCCAAAGUGCUGGGAUUACAGGCGUGAGCCACCGCGCCCGACCUCGAGAGAAAGACAUUUUCUCUGAUUUUAAGUUUUGAGACAGUUAUUCUCCACCCAGUAUUUCCCGAACCUCAUCUCUCAGUAGAUGGCCCUAUGUCAUGUUUCACAGAGAAGUCAAGAUCAUUCAGUGAACAAGCCCUCGACUUGCCUCCUGAAGACAGAGUCUUGCUCUGUCGCCCAGGCUGGAGUGCAAUAGAAGGAUCUCCGCUCACCGCAACGUCUGCCUCCUGGGCUCAAGCCAUUCUCUUGCCUCAGCCUCCCGAGUAGCUGGGAUUACAGGCGUCCACCACCACGCCCGUCAGAAGUUUGUAUUUUUCGUAGAGACGGGGUUUCGCCAUGUUGGGCAGGCUGGUCUUGAACUCCCGACCUCAGAUAAUCCACCCGCCUCGGUCUCCUAAAGUUCUGGGAUUACGUCAUGAGCCACGGCGCCCGGCCAGAAUCAUUUGUUUUCUGAACGACGUGGAGAAUAUGAGCGUUCCUUAAAGUUUCCCAUGUCUCAAUGGACUCCUGAAUAUAACGAGCUCUACACCUUAAAAGUGGAUAUGAAGAGUGAGAUUCCUUCUGAUGCACCAAAGACACAGGAGAGUCUGAAAGGGAUCCUUUUGCAUCCAGAGCCCAUUGGGGCAGCCAAAAGUUUUCCUGCAGGAGUUGAGAUGAUUAAUAGUAAAGUGGGGAAUGAAUUCUCUCACCUGUGUGAUGAUUCUCAAAAACAAGAGAAGGACAUGAAUGGUAACCAGCAAGAACAAGAAAAAAGUGUCGUUGUGAGGAAAAAACGCAAAAGCCAGCAGGCUGGCCCUUCCUGUGUGCAGAAUUGUGUCAAAGAAAACCAGGGAAUAUUAGGACUGAGGCAACACCUGGGAACACCAAGUGAUGACGAUAAUGAUUCCUCUUUUAGUGAUUGUCUUUCUUCUCCUUCAUCUAGUCUGCAUUUUGGAGAUUCUGAUACUGUGACUUCAGAUGAGGAUAAGGAAGUCUCCGUGAGACAUUCCCAGACCAUUUUGAGUGCUAAAAGCAGAAGCCAUAGUGCACGGUCUCAGAAGUGGCCUCGGACCGAGGCAGAAUCUGUAUCGGGAUUGUUAAUGAAAAGACCCUGUUUACAUAGCAGUUCAUUAAGGAGACUUCCAUGCAGAAAGAGAUUUGUAAAAACUAAUUCCUCACAGAGGACACAGAAACAAAAAGAGAGGAUAUUAAUGCAGAGGAAGAAACGGGAAGUGUUAGCUCGAAGAAAGUAUGCCUUGCUACCUAGUUCUAGUAGCUCCAGUGAGAAUGACCUCAGCAGUGAAUCCUCUUCUAGCUCGUCAACUGAAGGAGAAGAAGAUUUGUUUGUUUCUGCCAGUGAAAACCACCAAAACAAUCCAGCUGUUCCCUCAGGAGGUAUUGAUGAAGAUGUUGUGGUGAUCGAAGCUUCCUCCACUCCCCAGGUUACUGCCAAUGAAGAAAUUAAUGUUACCUCAACUGACAGUGAAGUGGAGAUUGUAACAGUUGGAGAAAGCUAUCGGUCUCGUUCAACCCUUGGACACUCCAGAUCUCAUUGGAGCCAGGGUUCAAGUUCUCAUGCAAGUCGGCCACAGGAGCCACGGAACCGCAGUAGGAUUUCUACUGUUAUACAGCCCUUGAGGCAGAAUGCAGCAGAAGUUGUGGACCUUACCGUUGAUGAAGAUGAACCUACUGUAGUACCUACCACUUCUGCAAGAAUGGAAUCACAAGCUACUAGCGCUUCCAUUAACAGUUCAAAUCCACCUACCUCUGAGCAGGCCUCUGAUACUGCUUCAGCUGUCAGCAGUAGCCAACCUUCAACAGUGUCAGAGGCUUCAGCUACUCUUACAAGCAAUAGUACCACUGGCACUUCUCUAGGAGAUGACUCAAGGAGAACUGCCUCUAGUGCUGUGACGGAAACUGGCCCUCCUGCAAUGCCCAGGUUGCCUUCCUGCUGUCCCCAGCACUCACCGUGUGGAGGGUCGUCGCAGAACCACCAUGCAUUAGGACACCCUCAUACCAGUUGCCUUCAGCAGCACGGUCACCAUUUUCAGCAUCACCACCACCACCAUCAUACUCCCCACCCGGCUGUCCCAGUUUCUCCCUCCUUUAGUGAUCCUGCUUGCCCUGUGGAAAGACCUCCACAAGUACAAGCACCUUGUGGAGCAAAUAGUAGUUCUGGUACCAGCUAUCAUGAACAGCAGGCAUUGCCAGUAGACCUGAGCAACAGUGGUAUCAGAAGUCAUGGAAGUGGCGGUUUUCAUGGAGCAUCUGCAUUUGACCCCUGCUGCCCUGUUUCCUCUUCCCGAGCUGCAAUCUUUGGCCAUCAGGCUGCUGCUGCUGCCCCAAGUCAACCAUUAUCAUCAAUAGAUGGCUAUGGAUCAAGCAUGGUUGCACAGCCCCAGCCCCAGCCCCCUCCACAGCCCUCUCUCUCGUCAUGUCGGCAUUACAUGCCACCCCCUUAUGCCUCUUUAACAAGGCCACUUCAUCAUCAGGCUUCUGCCUGCCCUCAUUCUCAUGGAAAUCCCCCUCCUCAGACUCAGCCUCCACCUCAAGUGGAUUAUGUUAUUCCUCAUCCUGUACAUGCUUUCCAUUCUCAACUAUCUUCUCAUGCAACAUCUCAUCCUGUGGCACCCCCACCACCAACUCACUUAGCCAGUACAGCUGCACCAAUCCCUCAGCAUCUUCCUCCUACACACCAGCCAAUUUCGCACCAUAUUCCAGCCACAGCACCUCCAGCACAGAGACUCCAUCCUCAUGAAGUGAUGCAGAGGAUGGAGGUUCAAAGGAGGAGGAUGAUGCAGCAUCCAACUGGUGUUUUUGUGUUCUGUGUUUCCAGGCGGGCACAUGAACGCCCCCCACCCCAUCCACAUAGGAUGCACCCAAACUAUGGUCAUGGGCAUCAUAUUCAUGUGCCUCAAACUAUGUCCUCACAUCCUCGACAGGCUCCAGAGAGGUCUGCCUGGGAGCUGGGAAUCGAAGCUGGAGUGACUGCAGCUACUUACACACCUGGUGCAUUGCAUCCUCACUUGGCCCAUUAUCACGCACCUCCUCGACUUCAUCACUUGCAAUUAGGAGCUCUUCCUUUAAUGGUUCCUGAUAUGGCAGGCUAUCCUCACAUCCGUUACAUUUCAUCAGGAUUGGAUGGGACAUCAUUCAGAGGUCCUUUCAGGGGCAAUUUUGAGGAACUGAUUCAUUUGGAAGAAAGAUUAGGAAAUGUCAAUCGUGGAGCAUCCCAGGGCACAAUUGAAAGAUGUACAUAUCCACAUAAAUAUAAAAAGGUAACAACUGAUUGGUUCUCACAGAGGAAACUGCACUGCAAACAAGAUGGGGAAGAAGGGACUGAGGAAGACACAGAGGAAAAGUGUACUAUCUGUUUGUCUAUUUUAGAGGAAGGUGAAGAUGUGAGACGUCUUCCAUGUAUGCACCUUUUCCACCAAGUGUGUGUUGACCAAUGGUUGAUUACCAAUAAGAAGUGCCCCAUAUGCAGAGUGGACAUUGAGGCCCAGCUGCCAAGUGAAAGUUGACACCAUGUUUCUGAACUCUUGCCCUCCCUCUCAUUCCCAUUUUUCCUGGUACUGCAGUCAACCAAAGAUGGCAUGACUUACCUGCGCAGAUUUGGAAGCAUUGAACUUAAGAGUGCUGGCUCUGCUAUAUGGUACAACUAAUGCUAGACCUUCAGUUUAUGUAUACAGUUGAUUUUGUUGUAUUUAUGAAAGCUUUUUUUUCCCUAGAUUUGACAUUUUUCCUGUAUCAUUUUACUGUAUUUUUGCAUGGUUCCUUGUAUUGCAUUUCUUUGCACAUAUUAUGGGCUUGUGACCCUAAACUUGCAGGCAAGAUUAGCUGCUUUAGUAAGUAGAAUUUUGUGGUAUUUUUGUUUUUUUACAUAGUACCAAGCCUUGAUAAUUAUGAAUUUUUUAUCCAUUACUAACCUUUAAUUUAAUCAACCAUGUACUUUAGUUUAAUGUAUAAAGAUCCUCUAGAAAAUGAUAAUAUUGUGUAUUAAGACAUUCCUUAAUUAGGACAAAAUGGCUGCUGUAUAUUUACUAUAUGGAGUUCUGAGUUAAAUACCACCCUUAAUACUGGGAACAGAACACAACCCACAUUGAAUCAGAUGCAGGUGGUCGUCACAUCACCAGAGAGAUCAGUAUAAACUUUCUUGGUGUAUCCUUUUCCUUUCAACACGAUGCAGAUAAGAGUUGAAUAUUAAUAUCAUACAUUUAGACUGCUGUUCUGAUUGCAUUUAUCUUUUUCCUACAUCAUUUAAAAUUUUAUUUCCCUGUUUCAGUUUUUGCUGCUGUGAAACAGCUCCGAUGAACACUAAAUAUUAAUUUCAGUUAGCUAGAUUGUACAUACUUGCAGAUUUAACAAAAUUUUAGGGAAAUUGAAAAAGACAUGUAGAAUUUGUUGUCUUCUGCUAAGCACGAGAAGUUAAGAUAUCUGCUUAUAUUGAUUUUGUAGAUACAUUAAGUUAAGAUUUGGAAUUUAAGUCUUUGGCAGGUAUCUGUGCAUCCAUAGAACUUCUAAAGGUCCCAGGGUCACUUUUAAGGGAUUUUUAUUAGUUUAAAGAUAAAUAAAGUCAGCUGAAUCUACAUGUCUCUUGUUUUAUUUCUCUCUAAACUUGAAAACAGUAAAUCUGCAGAUACUGUGAGGCACAAAUUAUACUGUCAACCUACUGUUGCUAUGGUUAUAUACUCCCACUUCAUACAUUACCAAGAGUCGAUCACUGAUUUAAAGUGUUUAAUUUCUGUAGUUAAGAUUUACUGCGUAAUAUAGAAUAUAAAGUUAACAUACUAACAUUUCUCCUUUGGAGGAAGUUUUAAUCCACUUCAGGAUGCAUAUUAUUAUCAAGAUACUUUCAUAUACAGGAUAGCCUAAUUUUAUUUGUUUAAAUAUACUUAAUAUGCCCCAGAUUGCAAAUGCAUCCAGUCAGUAAUAUCACUGUCUGUAUGUGGAGGACAUGUUCCCAUGGAUCAUAUGUGAAGAUGUCAGUAAGCUUGCAUUAAGCCACCUGCUUUGUAAGUGGAUUGAUUAAUAAAUAACUUAUAUUUCUAUUGUC